UCUUCCAUCCUACAGAUGGGCAGGUUUAGGCCCAGAGAGGAGAAGCCAUGUGCCCAAGAUCACACAGCAAGUAUGGACCUGUCGGCCAAUCAGGACGAAGAGACCGACCAAGAGACUUUCCAGCUGGAAAUCGACCGCGACACCAAAAAGUGCGCCUUCCGCACCCACUCGGGCAAGUACUGGACGCUGACGGCCACCGGGGGUGUGCAGUCCACUGCCUCCACCAAGGAUGCCAGCUGCUACUUUGACAUUGAGUGGCGUGAUCGGAGGAUCAUACUGCGCGCGUCCAAUGGCAAGUUUGUGACAGCCAAGAAGAACGGCCAGCUGGCUGCCUCGGUGGAGACAGCAGGGGACUCGGAGCUCUUCCUCAUGAAGCUGAUCAACCGCCCCAUCAUCGUGUUCCGUGGGGAGCACGGCUUCAUCGGCUGCCGCAAGGUCACGGGCACCCUGGACGCCAACCGCUCCAACUACGACGUCUUCCAGCUGGAGUUCAGAGACGGCGCCUACAACAUCAAAGACUCCACAGGCAAGUACUGGAUGGUGGGCAACGAUGCCUCCGUCACCAGCAGCAGCGACAGCCCUGUGGACUUCUUCUUCGAGUUCUGUGACUACAACAAGGUGGCCAUCAAGGUGGGCGGGCACUACCUGAAGGGGGACCACGCGGGGGUCCUGAAGGCCUGCGCUGACGCCAUCGACCCCACCACGCUGUGGGAGUACUAGGGCCCCGCCGCCGGCAUCGCCCUCCCCACCCUGCCCAACCCGCCCCGCUAACUCUUUUCUCCAGGUGGGCUCUGCUAUGGGUGGCGAGCCCCUUGCCUUUCAAACUGGAAACCCAGAGCAAACGGUGCCCUCACCUGUUGUCCCACGUGGCCUCCCCUGGGCAGGUCAGAGGCUGUGACCCGGUCCUUGGAGGGGUUUCACAUCGCUCUGCCCUCUCUUCUCUGCCCUGGGCGAGGCUGGAACUUCUUUCUUCUGACCUCAGACAACUCUGAGCCUUAUUUCCCCGAAGAGGCCGAGGAGGAGUGGGGGACUGGGAGGCCUUCCCGAGCUCCUGGGAGCAGCGGGGUGUGUAACUGGAAUCUCCUGUCCCCUCCUGAACCUCCCCCUCCCCCAUUUCCCGGGAGCCAAGCUCUUGCCCCAGGCCUGUUGGUGGCCCCCCUGGGGCGCCAUCCCUGUGUUGUCAGGAGGACAGCUGGUGGACAGGACGGGGCUGGCUCCAGGGCCCUGUGAGUGGAGCAGGCCUGGUUUGGUGGCCGCCCGGGCCUGGCCACUGCACACACAUCCUGCUGUGGUCCGGGGGUCCUGCUCCUGUCUCUUUUCUUUCACUCUGGCCUGACUGGAAGCAGAAAAUGACCAAAUCAGUAACUUUUUUUUCUCAGUGAAACGUUAUUGCUGGAGGAGCCCCAGGCAAGCCUGGUUGUAGCCAUGAGUGGUCUUCAGGGGGUCUUGGUGAGGGGUGGUCUUGAGACGGCAUCUCUGGGCCUCAGUGUUCUCUGCCCACUAGUGGUGGGGUAGGUGGGUGCCUCCCCGAAUCCAGAACCUGCCUCCGCCUUCCCCGGGGGCUCUCACCGGCCCCCUCCCUCCCAUGCGCCUGGGCCCCAGGCCUGUGUCCCCAGCUGGUGGUGCUGGGCCCUUCGCCGCCUCAGCCAGGGCCCCUGGUAUGAUCGGUGCCCCUCUUCUGACUGGACUCCCGGGUCUCGGCGGGAUGGAGCUGGGCGUUGCCCUCAGCCGGGAGCCCCGUGGAAGCCCCCUGGUCCCCAGCUCCUAGCCCCGCCCCUGCCAGUUCUCCUCCCCUCUGGUUAGUGUCCAUCAUGCAUCUCACUCUGGGUGUCUUGGUCUUUUAUUUUUUGUAAGUGUCAUUUGUAUAACUCUAAAUGCCCAUGAUAGUAGCUUCAGACUGGAAAGAGCAAAAUAAAGUUAACGCAAGUCUGCA